UUGUCCCAAUUUUAUCCAAUUUUUAGUUUGACAUGUCCAAGAUGGAAGGCUAUCAGACCCUGGCCCUGUCCGAAGCACAGAACGUGGAGCAAGAGCCGGCCCUACAGAUUCAUGUUUGUCUACUGAGCAGCCGAUGCAUCACUCUGACACUUUCGCCUGGCUCACCUGUGAAAGAGCUCCAAUCUGCAGCAGAAAGAUAUUUCAGGAUGGGAGCGUUGCGAGUGUUUUCCGCCAAUGGCCGCCUUCUCAAACAAGGCUGUCUCAGACUUCAAGAUGUUGGUCUUCAGGAUGGAGAUACAGUGACAGCCAUUGCGGAGCCUCUGAAAGUGGCAGCGCAUCCCUGGGGCUCCAUGAUGUGUGCCUUCUCCAUCAGUGGCCCAGUAGUUACCUGGGAUGGUAAGACUGGUAAGACUGAGACGUCCAUAGCGCCUUAUUUGGUUGGCGUGCAGGCAGUUCAGGCCACGUCACAUGCCUUUGCAGCUAUUUGCCAUGAUGGCAGCGUGGUUUGCUGGGGUGAUCCCGAAGGAGACUGCACUCAAGUGGCACAGAAAUUGAGAAAUGUCAAAGAAAUUCAAAGAAACCAUGCUGCAUUCGCUGCUAUCCUUACUGGUGGGACAGUUGUUUGCUGGGGUCGUCCUGAGGAUGGUGGAGAUUGCAGCUCGGUGCAGCAGCAACUGGCAAACGUGCAGCAAAUCCAGUCAACUUCAAGUGCCUUUGCCGCACUUUGUGGCGAUGGAUCUGUUGUUUGUUGGGGCAAUCCCACAAAUGGUGGCGACAGCAGUGCAGUCCAAGAUCAGCUAAAAGAUGUUCGGCAGAUCCAGGCCACAGGCUUCUCCUUUGCAGCUUUGCUGGCAGAUGGGCGAGUGAUUGCUUGGGGUUCGGAGAUGCUGGGUGGAGAUGUCGGGCGUGUACCAUCGCGCCUGCGAAACGUGUGCCAGAUCGCAGCGUCGGAUGCGGCGUUCGCAGCAAUCAGACAAGAUGGGACUGUGGUGACUUGGGGUGCUCCCGCCAAUGGAGGGGACUCCUUCAAAGUCUAUGAUGAGCUUCGAAAUGUGAAGCAUAUUGCUGCCAACAGCUGUGCAUUCGCUGCAAUCCGUGCAGAUGAAACUGUGGUGACAUGGGGUCUUGGAUUGCGCGGCGGUGAUAGUGGCGCUGUUCAAGAUCAGCUGAAGCACGUUCAACAGAUCUGUGCAAGCUGGUGUGCUUUCGCUGCCAUUACUUCCACUGGACAUGUCGUGACAUGGGGCCAUCCAGAUCGUGGCGGUGACAGCCGAGGAGUUCAAGACAGACUCCAAGAUGUUCAACAAAUUCAAGCAACCCGAAAUGCGUUUGCUGCAAUCCUGGCAGACGGUUCUGUGGUAACCUGGGGAGACCCAGAGUCGGGUGGAGAUGCCAGCCACGUCCAAGACCAGCUGCAGGAUGUUCUUCAGAUUCAGGCCUCCGAAUCCGCGUUUGCCGCCAUCUUGGCAGAUGGCAGGGUGGUUUCCUGGGGGUUCCGUACUGCCGGGGUCAUCCCAACUGCAGUACAUGAAAGUUCAGUUGAACUUUGAUACCCUUUGAAUCCCUUUGACAUAGUGUAAAAGCGACCAGUUUGCGACUUUUUUAAACGUUUUUCUGCGGUGCUGUCAGGUUCUUCUCAGCACUUUUGGUAAGGGAUAGGCUUGAUGCAAUUAGCUUGCUUCUGGUUUCCCAAUAAUUUGGAUUUGCAGCCGAGUGUGCAACUACUGACAGCUCAAAGCAGCUUAUCAUCAUUCUGAUAGUCAGUUCCGUUUUGGCUUGACAUUGCGAACAACGCAAUUCUUGGAGCGAAUUGCUCCUGAGUCAGAAAGGGAGCCUUGACAAUCUUGACAAGCUCAGCAUUCAACUUC